AAAACGCGGGUCAACACACGUAGCUGCAAAAGUGCAGACAUAAACUAUAAGGUUUCCCGAACUGAACUACUUUUGAUGAAACAGUUCACUUUAGGUAAUCGACAUCGUCGUGGUCCCAAAGGGAAUACACUUGACAACCCCCAAACGCGUUUGCGUUAAUACAAUGACGAAGUCACAAUCAAAAGAGGAUCUAAUAGGUUCCAAAGAUCAACUGAGAGGAGAUAGAAAAUCCUUUGUCUUACCUCCAGACUAUGUACUGUCCCCUACAGAAAAGAAAUUUUUACUUGUAGUCGAAAGAGGAGAUUGUGCUUCUGUAAAGCGCUUACUAGAUGAGCAUAAAGGACAACCUGAUGUGUUGAAUAUCAAUUGCACUGAUCCAUUAAACAGAACCGCUCUGAUAGCGGCUAUUGAAAAUGAAAAUAUGGAUUUAAUUCAGUUAUUGCUCAAAGCUGGUAUUAAGGUUAAAGAUGCACUGUUACAUGCUAUUAAAGAAGAAUAUGUGGAAGCUGUGGAAUUAUUAUUAGAAUGGGAAGAAAAAAUACACGUUGAAGGGCAACCUUAUUCUUGGGAAGCAGUUGAACAAUCAGGUUCUACGUUUACUCCUGAUAUUACGCCUCUCACACUGGCUGCUCAUAUGAACAAUUAUGAAAUAUUAAAAAUAUUAUUAGACCGAGGUGCUACUUUACCAAUGCCCCAUGACGUAAGGUGUGGUUGUGACGAAUGCAUUACUUCUAGUACACAAGAUUCUUUGCGACAUUCACAUUCAAGAAUAAAUGCCUACAAAGCACUAACAUCUCCUUCACUUAUAGCUCUAUCGUCGAGAGAUCCACUUCUUACUGCAUUUGAAUUAAGUUGGGAACUCCGGAGGCUAAGCACAAUGGAAUCAGAAUUUAGAAAUGAGUAUAACGAAAUGAGAAAUACUGUUCAAACAUUUGCUACAUCUCUCUUAGACCAUGUAAGAACAUCGUACGAACUAGAGAUAAUGCUAAAUCAUAACCCUAAAGGCGAUCCUUGGGAGCCAGGUGAAAGAUUAACAUUAGAACGUCUAAAAUUAGCUAUAAAAUAUAAACAAAAAGCGUUUGUAGCACAUCCAAAUGUUCAACAGUUAUUGGCUGCUAUAUGGUAUGAUGGACUUCCGGGAUUUCGGCGAAAAAAUAUGGUAGGACAAAUGAUUGAAGUUGGGAAAUUAGGCGCAAUGUUCGCUAUGUAUGGUACAAUGUACAUGCUAAAUCCAGAUUCUAAAAUGGGAGUAUUAAUGAAAAAACCAUUCAUUAAAUUCGUUUGUCACUCAUCUUCUUAUGCAUUUUUCUUAACUUUAUUGGCAUUAGCAUCUCAAAGAGCAGAAUUUCUGGCAUUAGAAUGGAUUGAUACCGAAUGGACAAGAUCAAUUUUAGAAGAAAUGACUCGAAAAGAGAGAGGAUCCAUUCCGGGUCCAAUAGAAUCUGGAAUCAUAUUAUAUAUUAUCAGUUUAAUAUGGAGGGAAGCUCAUUCAUUAUAUUCAGAAGGUUUAACAGAGUACAUAAGUGAUUUAUGGAAUAUCGUUGAUUUCAUAACGAAUGUAUUUUAUGUGCUGUGGAUAAGUCUGAGGUUUUCUUCUUGGUUUAUAGUGCAACGAGAGUUUAGACAAGGUUUUGAUCCAUGGUUACCUCGAGAAGAAUGGGACACAUUUGAUCCUCAUUUAGUAUCUGAAGGAGCAUUUGCUGCAGCUAUGAUAUUUAGCUUUUUAAAACUUGUACAUAUAUUCAGUGUUAAUCCACACUUGGGUCCACUUCAAAUAUCACUAGGUCGAAUGAUUAUUGAUAUAAUAAAAUUCUUCUUCAUUUACACACUUGUGUUGUUUGCAUUUGGAUGUGGUCUUAAUCAAUUAUUGUGGUAUUAUGCUGAUUUGGAAUCAAAAAAGUGUUACCAUGGAAGCGAUUUGCCGGACUUUGAUAAAGAAGAUAAAGCAUGUACAACGUGGCGACGAUUUGCUAAUAUAUUUGAAACGUCACAAUCUCUUUUUUGGGCCGGAUUUGGUUUGGUAGAUUUAAUGGCCUUUGAUUUGACUGGUAUCAAAAGUUUUACACGAUUUUGGGGUUUACUAUUGUUUGGUUCAUAUUCAGUGAUCAACAUUAUCGUUUUGCUAAAUAUGCUCAUUGCCAUGAUGUCCAAUUCUUACCAAAUUAUUUCGGAACGAUCUGAUAUGGAAUGGAAAUUUGCUCGUAGUGCAUUAUGGAUAUCAUAUUUUGAAGACGGCGAUACUGUACCAGCUCCAUUUAAUCUUUUUCCAUCCUUGAAAAACAUAAAACGCAUGUUUGGUAUUGAAACAAGCAAGAGGUCUACCGGAUCUAUGAUUUUUAAAUCUCGUGAAAAAGCUUUAGCUCGUCACGAUAUAGUUAUGAGAUUGUUAGUAAGAAGAUAUGUAACUGCAGAACAGCGUAAGAGUGAAGAAUUUGGUAUUACUGAAGAUGAUGUAACAGAGAUAAGGCAAGACAUUUCAUCUAUGAAAUUUGAAAUGAUUGAUAUUUUUAAACGAAAUGGGUAUAAAACUCCAAAAAUGGAUGGAGACUCAAAUGUCGCUCAAGGGAAAAAAGGACGUGUUAUGGAACGUCGUUUACUAAAAGAUUUCCAGAUUGGUUUAGUUGAGGGUCUCAUACAAGAAGCAAUCUCGUCCAAUGAUAAGGGACCAAAAGAUGUGUUUAGUAAAAUUGCCAAAGCUAUUGGUCGUCGAACGAGUCAGGGUAGUAAAAAGAAAGAUUGGAAUGCUAUGGUUAGGCAGAAGAGUAUUGCUAGAGAUCCAAUAGGAAGUACUGCUGAAGGUAUUGAAAGGAGACGCAGACAAAGUGUAAGGCGGUACAUUUUGGACCACCAAAAAGACAGUUUGCUAUCAAUGGAUCCAAAUAAACUUAUUGAGUAUAAUCCUUUGUUAGCUGAAAUAACACCAGCAGCUAGAGUGGCAUACGCCAAAUUUAAAAUUCCUAAAAUUAAACAGGAAUAUGAAGAAAAUACUACAGGUCCAGACGAGGUGUUUGAAAGUGGACCCUCGGUUGAUUUAGUAGAUGAAACAAAAAGAGACUCCAUAGUAAGACCUCGACCAAAAGGAUCUCGUAAAGAUCCUGCACCUGGUGGAUUACCCUUUCCAUCUUCUAGUUUUGAUAAUACUGUUAAGCAAACAUCAUCAAAAACAUCUCCCAAGUCGUCUACCAUUGAACCAAAGUCUGAACAAUCUACUCCAUCACGUCAACAAAAUUCUAUAGAAACUAAAGAAAUUUCUAAAAUUAUAACUAGUAGUAUCAUUUUAAAACCAGAAGAGCUUGGAAAAUCUAUUGUUUCUAAAUCAUCUGAAGAAACACCGCCACAAAGUGACGAAAAAAAAGAUUCUAAAAAAUUAAAAUCUGAGACAAAUGAGCUUGAGAAAUCUGACCCUACAGACGAAACUAAAUUUUUUACGUCUGGAACAAGUGACGUGUAUAAAGUAAAUGAAUCUGAAAAAAUUAAUGAUCAAAAAGAGAAGGAAGAAGAUAACUCUAAAAAACCGGAAACGAGUCAUUUAAAACCACCUUCUCCUAGACGUUCAGCUAGUCCAAAAAAAGCUGGUGGGAAAUCUAAGGUAACAGGAGAAGUUUUAACUGGUUGGCUAUAAAAAAUUUAACUAUUUUAAAUAUCAUGUUAUGAAAUUUAAUUUACAUGCUAUAUGAAGAAUUAUAAUCGUACAUCAAAAAACAUUUUUAUCUAUUAAUUUAUAAUCAAAGUGCAUAUUAUGUUCUUAUUUUACAGCUUUCAUAUUUAAUUACAUAUUUAAGUUCACUUUUUUAUUUUUUAAAUAAUUAAUAAAUUAUUAUCAAGAGAUAACUAUUUAUUAAACUAAUUUUACAUUUAUAUUAGAUAUCAGUAAAUAUUUUUAAUUUAUUGCUUUUUAAAUUAAUUUAGGAAAUUACCAUAUAAUUAGAUAAUCAUUAAACUCGACACAACUUUUUUGAAAAAAUAGUUGAUUAAAAUUACAGGAUUGUAAG